GAUUUAUUAUUUUUAUAGAUAAUGCCGAAAAUUGAACAUGUGUGUAAUGGAAUUAUACGGAGAACAUAAUGAAUUUAGAUAUCGGUGCUGGUCGCCAAAAAUGGCUUCAGAAGAAUCUCCGGCCUCUGAAGGAAACACCAACAACCAAACGGCAUCUGAAAACAUUUAUGACAUAUUUGGUACAAGUCUAGAAACAACAGAGAUUGACGAAAAAGACAGUUGGGUAGAGAUAUGUCACAGAUGCCUUCGCUUAUUUUUUUCUUUUUUCCUUUUCCUCUUUGUUCUUGGAACGGCUUUAAUUUCACGACUUACUUUUCAUAUAAUUUUGAUUAACCUCAAUCCUCCCACCAUCUUCACUACCAUGAACAAAUUUGGCGGUGAUACUGGAAACACCACAGCACCUUUUUUGCCAGCCCAAGUACACAUAUCUUGGAUUUGGGCAUGCUUCCUCGUAUUAGUAGCACCAUCCGUGCACUCAUUGGUGUAUCAUACUGGCCAAUUUUGCAGAAAAAAAGACUCGAAGAGGGACGACACCGACGAAAACAAACAAAAGAUUGGUUGUCUUACUCUAUUUUCAAAUGCAGCUAGAGUCGGUCCCAGCACAACAAAUUCACAGAAACGCAAUACAAGGACAGUGGAAAGCCAAACAAAUCAAUGCAAUAUAAAUAUUACAAUUAGACAACAGUGGGUUAUUAUCAUUGCUCUUGGGAUUGUUCAGGCUAUUUGUGAAACAAUUGGCGUAUUUGUUCUUCUUCCGACAUUCGACCAAGCUACAGCUAGUAUAAUUGUAGUAUUUAUGACAAUAUCAACACCAACUUUACUUAAUGGAAUUAAAAACCCAUACUUUUAUUGUUCCAACAAGCUGUGUUCCAAUCGUAUGCAAAACACGUCAAGGGUCAUAUCUUUUGGUCUUUAUCUUUUUACUUUUAUUCUUUUACUUAUAUUUGUUGGUGUAAUGUCAACAAAAGGGAAAGGAGUCUCGCCCCAUAAUACAGCAUUAAUUACAGCAUUUAUUACAUUAUUAUUAUCUAUCGGCUUUUGGGAGAAUCUUUCUGGAUUUCACUUUGAACGACUCGACAAGAGACCACUGUUAAUGAUGCUUUUAUCCCUUAUUAAAUUCAUAAUAAUGUGUGCCACUUUUCUUCUCACAUUCUUAGUUAUGGGUGGUAAUGAAGGUGUCAGUGUGUUAUUCAAUGGAAUUUCUAAUGCUACGAUUACAUUAUUAGACCAAAACAUUCUUCUUGUCAACACUCUGCCCUUUAGCGGUGACUGCUUCACUUUAGAUCCCAUGAUGACUGGCCUUACAAGUUUGUUGCUAUCGUACGGAUGUUAUAAGUCAAGUUACUAUGCAUGCAGAACUUAUUUACAAUACCAGAGUUUUUCGAUACCUUUGAUAAUGAAUAUAUUUGCAGUGCCCUUAAUUGUACAUUACACCUUUAAAUGCUAUAUAUUUGAUGCAAAAAUUCACGACUGUAGCAUAAUUUCAAAAGAAUGGGACCUUAUUACCGAUAAAGGAAUUACCACUAGUAAAAUCUUGAUCAUAAGCUGUGGUGUUUUGACUUUCUGCCAAAUUCUACAUCUGACAACCUACAUCUGGCGAAGCGGACUGAGGAUAGCAAAACUUGAAAAAAUGUUUGCUAUGCCAUUUUACGCAGGAUAUGCUGUGGAUAUUACGCUGCUCUGGUCUAGACGAAGAAACCUAGAGCGUGAAAUACACACCACACGAAGUGAGGAGACAACUUCUUCAAACACAAUAGAAGAAACAGCGACAACCUCACAAAAAAUUGAGACUAAGAAAGAUUGUCAAGUCAAAAUGAUCCCAUUUAUAUAUUUGUGUGCUACAAUGUGGCAUGAAAGUGAGCUUGAAAUGAACACUCUCUUGAGAUCAAUAUUCAGACUAAACAAAUACCAAUGGAAAAUGACUUGUAGACAAAAUGUACUGAUGCAGAAGAAGAAAACAAAGCAUCCAGAAGAAACCUAUUUUCAGUUUGAAGCCCACGUAUUCUUUGACGACGCAUUUAAAGAAAACAAAGAAAAAGUCAAAACAGAAGAAUCAAAAACUAACAAAAAGAAGUUUAAAAAAAUUCGUGGAAAGGAGGUCAAUGAAUUUGUAAAACGGUUUAUUAAAUGUGUUGAGGAAACUUCACGAUCAUUCUAUAACGUUAAAGCAUUAGAAAGUUCUAAAAAGUUUACAACACCUUACGGAGCAAGACUAGAAUGGGACUUGGAGUCACCACCAGAGGAACAAAAUAUAAAAAUCGAAAAGAGUUUGGCUGUCCCUUGUAGACUCAUACUACAUCUAAAGGACAAAUUUCUUAUCCGUAAUAAGAAAAGAUGGAGUCAGGUCAUGUACAUGUAUUAUCUUCUGAGUUACAUUCCAUUGGCUAAAAAAGCAAUUUUUAUGGAAUCAUUAAGGCAAGAUGAUGAGCAGCCAUCGACCAGCAGCACGCCGAUAUAUGAGCGAGUUCCUUCACAAAAAGUUAUGAAUGACCAAAUGGAAAAAGAACAGACGAAAUUCAAGACGGAAAUAGCACCAAAAACAUUUAUUCUUGCACUUGAUGGGGACGUUGAUUUUGAACCCGAUGCCGUUCUUCGUCUGUUGGAACGAAUGUUGAAAAACCCUGAUGUUGGUGCAGCUUGUGGACGAAUUAUUCCAAUGGGAGGAGGUCCGGUGGUUUGGUAUCAGAGGUUUGAAUACGCUGUGAGCCACUGGUUACAAAAAGCAACAGAACAUGUGUUUGGUUGUGUGUUGUGUUCCCCUGGGUGUUUCAGUCUGUUUCGCGCCUCUGCUUUGAUGAGUGACGAUGUCAUCAAAAUCUAUACAAGAAACCCAACAACUGGUCUUGAGUGUAUUCAAUAUGACCAGGGUGAAGACAGAUGGUUAAGCACCUUAUUGUUGAAUAAAGGAUUCAAAUUAGAGUACACAGCGGCCUCUGACGCUUACACCUAUGUACCUGAAGGAUUUUUUGAGUUUUUUAAUCAAAGACGGAGAUGGUCUCCUUCUACAUUAGCUAAUAUCUUUAAAAUAAUAUCAAACAUGUUUUCAGUAUCUAAAGCAAAUGCAAACAUCACAAAACUCUAUUUGAUUUAUCACACUUUUUUGUUUGCUGCAUCUCUUAUUACACCUGGAACAAUAUUUCUCAUGAUACUUGGUGCGACCUCUUUAGCAUUUCCAGAGAUUCCACUAUGGAUUGCUUUCGUAACAAACCUUUUACUUAUAAGCAUUGUGAUGUUAUCCUGUGUGUGUGCGGAACAAAAAACACAGCUCAACAUUAUCUCCGUGAUCUCUUCAAUUUAUGCCCUGAUGAUGAUUGUUGUGUUGACUGGCCUGAUAAUGGACGCCAUCAGGAGUGGAUUCUGUUCUGUGACAACAUAUUUCUUCUCUUAUGUCGCUGGAAUAUUUUUCCUUGCCGCAGUAUUGCAUCCAAGGGAAUUUAUCAAUAUAAUCCACGGAGCGUUAUACUUCCUGGCUGUUCCAACAACAUCAAUGCUGAUGUUAAUAUACGCUCUUGGCAACCUUCAUGUUACAUCAUGGGGAACCAGAGAAUCAAGUAAAACCAGUAAAAGAAAAAAUCAAGCAGUAGACGACUCAUUGGAUUUUUGCUCGUGUUUUGGGCUAUGGAGAUGCAUUUGGAUGCCUCCCAAAAGUAAAGGGAAAACAAACAGCAAAGAAACAAAAAAAGUGAAAAGUGCUACAACAAAGGAUUCAGACAAGCCCUCUAAAGAAAUGGACUCCGAGGUAGAUACGCAAUUAACACAGACAGAAGAGCAAAUCUUACAGGGUGCUGUUGAAGUCAAUGAGAGAGAAAAGCAAUUUUGGAAGGAUAUAAUCAAAUCAUAUUUGAGCCCAGAUGUAAAAGAAGUGAACGACCUGAAGGAAGAUUUGAAAAGUUUUCGAAAUGGAGUGUAUGCAGGUUUUAUCAUGAUUAACUUAAUUUAUAUAACUAUUGUCUUUGUUGUCACGCAGGCAAAUGAACUAAACGACAAUGUCUUCACUAGACGCCUCCCUUGUCCAAACAAAACAGGAACAUUUGAUGUUGAUCCUAUAUCUGUUGUAUUCAGCAUAACCUUUGGAUUGGUUCUCGGUUUCCAGUUUAUAGGCAUGCUUAUUCACAGAUUUUCAACUUUCACACAUAUUGUUGCUGUUUCAAAAAUUAUAAGAAAAUCCUUUAAAAAUCUAUGCAAAAAUGACACAGGUGAUGCUAAACGAUCAGAAAAUGUCAAUGAUACAACCUUUAAGCAUGGUACUGCAGCUUCGAAUAUAUAUCAAGGAAUUAAUAGUAACAUUCCGGAGAAUCUAAAAGCCAAGGCACCAACUGAAUGGAAUACAGAAUCUGAAAGAGUACCAGCUUCGUCUAGGGAGUCAUUGGCAACACUUAACAACAACGAAAAUGCUACCGAAGAAAAAGAACCCAUCUCUCAUGGGGGCUCAUAUCUAGGCAACACCGAUUACAUAAGAACUUUAUUAUCCCACAGUCAAACAACGGAAAAGAAGAAGAAGAAGAAGAAAAAAAAGAAAUCCAAUAAAGUUGAACCCCAAGAAUAGAUUCAGUAUUUUGUUACAUUGUUAAAGUUGUGAAAUUUAUAAUAUGUGACAUUGUGAUAUUAGAGAAAUAAUAAGGGUUGUGAACUCCAGUUAUCUAUAGCUUUGAAAAAAUGUUUGUUGUAUGUUUGUUUGGCCGUAUAAACAUAAAAUUUGUCAACUUUACUUGUUGAUGUUAAUAUCAUAACAAUAAAUAAGAAGACUAUUAUCUAUCUAUCUAUCUAUC